AUGCAACAACAAAGAGUUCCUGAUGUUGACAUCAACGUGACUCCACGAGUGCUAAACUUCCCGAAAAAUGGAAGAACAUCUCUGGUCUUGAAGGCAACUGUUUCUGGCCGCGAUGAAGCAUAUCCAUGGUCGUUCUCCUUGGAAAGCCAGCUUCCAGAAUGUUUCACGAUCGUCGAGAAUCCAAUUCCCAUGGAUGGCCACUUUGUGGUCACAUACAAUGGACUACUUGGAACCAAUCUGAAAACCCUCCCAGACAUCACAGUCGUUGCCGAGCUGGGCAACUUCCGGAAGUAUCAAGGAGUGAAAAUUCAAGUUGGUGAUCAAGACGAAUUCGGGCAGAUCCGAACCAACGCACUCCAAUGCUUAAUUUGUGUUCUCCAAUUCACAGAAACUGGAGAUAGAAUGCCACGCAUUCUAUCGGGAUGUGGCCACACAUUAUGUGACUGCUGUAUCAAGGAAAUUGGUGAUGGAAAUAGAAUAGCGUGCCCAUUUUGCCGGAUAAUCACAAAUAAUUUCUACCCUCCAAACUUCUCUUUGAUCCAAGCCAUCGAGGAGAAGAACAAUCAGAUUGCGGUGUCUGAGUUGUCAGCACCCAAAUGCUGUGAUGACCCGACAGUCGAGUGCUCCGAGAAUCGGAUGCACGAAGCCACUGGUCAUUGUAGAGAUUGUUUGAAGGAUUAUUGUCAGAUAUGUUUUGCCGCCACACAUCCCACCAGAGAGUUGAACUCUCACGACUUCCUUCCAAUCAAAUUCAAAAAGAUUCAAAUUCCAAAGUGUAGAUGCUCGAGAGAUCAAGCAAGUCGUGUCUGCGUGAACCCAGUCUGCACGGAUCCCGAAAAAUUCCUCUGCUUGAGAUGCUUUGUAUUUCACCACAAAGCUUGUGGCGACUCCGAAAUAGCCAAAGAUCAUCUGGAGAAACACUGCGAUCAGAUCGAUGCUUUUCUGAAAAGAUUACAAUGGAACCAAGCGCACUUCACGAAGAAAGCAGAGGUGAUUGAAGACAGUCUCAACCGGCUGAAAGUGGAUUCUAAAGCCCACUUGAAGACAGUGAAGUAUUGGAAGGAUAAACAAGAAGUCAAGAAACACGUUCAAAAAGAGAAAGAGAGAUUGACUGCGAAAAAAGAACAGGCGUUGAGCAGAUCUGAGAGUGUGAGACCGCUCAUCAGAAAACUGGAGAAGUGUGUGGCCCGAAAGACGGAUCUGCAUCGGGUACAGGAAAUGAUCCAGGAGGCGCAAAUAGCCAAGUCCUGUAAAAUUGAGGACUUGGAUAAAUAUAGAGCUUCUCAUCGAUUCGACAAUAUCCCGAAAAGAAGACUACCACCCGUGAUUACCAUCGAUGACGGCGACGAUAACGACGAUGUCGUGAUUAUUCCGGUCAAAGAUCUUGCUCCAGGUCCGUCUCGAGCCCCAUCUCGAGCUCCGAGAUAUGCUCCUCGUGGCGAAUUGAGCACCCGGCAACUGAGAUCCGCAAUGAAGAGAGAACAGGAUUAA